UUGAGCUUGUAAAGCUGUAAAAGCGUCACAGAUGAGUCUUUGAAAGGAAAUGACCCUAAAAUUGAUGUGACAGCCAUGAGAACGUAGAGUCACGGUUUCCUAAUGAAACAUGAGCAUGAAUGACAAGCUUCCUGGACCACUUGGAUCUAGCUUUCAAGACAAUCAUGGAGAAAUCAAAAACAACAACAGGUACUCUGAGGAUUCCUUAGAUGGAGAUGCCAAUGCAAACGAGAUUCCGAGUAAAGAUGGUAGAACACUGGAGGAACAGUCCUCUUUUGUGUCCAACACUGAGGAACAGGACAAAAUCAUCAUCUGGGGCACAGACUCUCAGUAUGAUGAUCCUGAACUGGCGGAGUUUGAGAUGUUGGAAUGCCAGGAACUGGAGGCUUACCUUGUUGAUUCCGAGGACAGUUACAUUAAACAUGACAGUAGUAAACUAGAGCCUAUUUCCAAAACUAUGACACAAACUGAGGUUGAUGUUCAAGAAGACACAAAAGUGGACACAAAGGAGCAGGAAACAGCUUCCCACAUGUCCAUCAGCAAAGAGACAUACCCUUCUAGGGCUGAAUUUAGCUCUGAUAAUGAUGUAUUUGUAUCUUGUUACUCUACAAUGUCCAGUCUUUCCUUACAAUCCUGUCUGACCAACUCAGAUAAGAGCAGAAGUUCUCCACAUACUGAAGGAACCCAUGUAGAUCUCAAUCUGAACACUACAGUUUUAUCAGAGGAACCUUUUCUAGAAGCACAAGAAAACCAAGCAGCUCAAAUCCAACCUGUAAAAGCAUGCAAAGAAUCCUCAGGUCAGUUAAAAAAUGGCAUAAAUGAAUGUAAAUCAACCCUUGCAGGUGCUAAAAAUGAGCACAACGAAAAAGAAAAUGCCAGCGGGAAUAAUACAGAUGCUGAUGCGAAGCACCCGAUUUCAAUUAAGGAAGAAUGUAAACAUAAAGAUCCAAAAACGGUUUCAUUUCAGCAAAAAUCUUGCCAACCAUUUGGGUCAGAUGACGCACAUUCUUUUUCAGUGGCCAGCAAGAUUCCUCAUGGUACCAGUCAUGAAAUAAAAUCUAAACAAUCCCAAAAGGAAGAAACUUUAGAAAUGACUCAAAGGUCCUUGAAGCCAGACCCAACAGAAACACACAGUCAUGUGGUGGCGGAACCCAGACUUUACCAGAAACAGGAUUCUUUGGAAAAAACUCACAGUUCUAGCACGUCUAGCAUAGGAGGCCGAAUGCCAUGGAGCACUUCAUCACACCCCCCUACUCCUUCUUCCAAGACCACCAGCUCCCCAAAACAACAAGCAAUUUCUUCACCAGCCAAGACCGCCAGCACACAAUCUCCAAACCAGGACCCUUCUGGUUCUCCACAUAGGCUUACCACUGGAUUGAAGCUCCCAAGUAAAAGCUAUUUCAGUAGUGGCAUCCCAAAACCAAUUCCUUCUCAACAGUCAUGUAAAACAGAACCUGAUUUUACGAAGUCCUCCCCUCCGCAAAGGCCUAAAAAUGUCCGCCCAAAAAUCAUCACUUACAUUCGUAAGAGCCCUCUGUCAAAGCCACAUUCUACAGAGAGUCCAUAUGAAGCAUCCACUUUGCCUUCAAGGCUUUCACCAUACUCUAGUAUGCCAGCCAUGAAAGAGCCAAAAGCUGCAGGAUCCAGAGGCUCACCAGUGAUUAGCUCCUCCAAUAUCCUACAUGACAAGCAUCGACAAGAAUUGCAAAAAUCUGGAUACUACUCGCCACCUGGCCUUAUAGUGUCUGGUAUCAAACCUCCAGGUCAUACUGUACCUCAUAAAAUGGUAGGAAAGUCAGAAAGUUUUCAUGGUGAACUCCCAGGCAAAUAUCUGCAUGAGGUGGGCAGAGGUGUCCAUCUUGGUGCAUAUGAAGUAGCUGGUGCAUGUCGAUCACCAAGGGCUCUGAGGCCUCAGCUUGGCCUUGGAGCAGUCACUAGACAACCUUCAACCAAAGCCAGGAUGCUGACGACAGGCCCGAGGUCAGCUUCACCUCUCAGCCACUCAGCUCCCAUGGGGCAGCCUAUGCACUGCUACCAAGAUUCCACAGGUGAACUGAAGAAGCCUAUGUUAGAGGUCGCUCCCAAGUCUCUCCUCCCCAAAUCAGGUCAAUCUGGUCUGCGCCCGCCGGGCUUCUCUCAUCUACCCGCUGCUCGUCUUGCCACAUUUGGUUUCGUUCGUAGUGCCAGUGUGUCCUCCGUUUCCAGCAACCAGUCCAACGAUAGUACUCAUAGCAGCCCAUGCCGCCCUACUCUCUGUCAAAGCAGUGAAAAUGAUGAGACCCUCGUACCUCGUGCUCCUUUCUCUCCCAGUGAUGGUGGCAGCGGUAGACGAUCCAGCUGUGGCAAUGCUCAGAGUGCAAACCGCCGCUAUAUGGUGUCUCCUCUACGUGGUUCACCUGUUGCUGCUAGAAAAGAGAUUCAAAGAGAUGGAGAUGUUGCUCAUCCUGUGCUGUCCUCCCCGAAGAGAUUCGCAGUGGUUUCGCCCAAGCCUCAUUCCCCUGUGCGUCAGAAGUCAUGUGUGGCACGUCUCGGAGGAAAACCGGAGAGACUGGAUGCUGAGCGUGAGCGUCUCCUGGCGAUACAGGGGCUGAAAGAGCGCUGUGAGCAACAGGCCAAGCAGAUCAUCACCCUGCAGACCCAACUUGGAAAAAGCUCACUAUGCAUGGACGUCUUGGCUAUUACUACUCAGCACUUCUGCCACAAGAACGAGAAUGCCUUGGUAAAGGAAAGGGAAUUGUCCCUGGAGCUUUCCAGGAUCAGGGAUGAAGUGGUGGUCAGUGUGGGCCGGUGGGAGCGUUUGCAGGGUGAGAAGGCUGAGUUGGAGCGUAAUUUUGAGCAGCAGCUGAGGAAGCUGAAGAACGAGCAGGAGAAGGAGCUGCAGGAUCUGCAGAAAAGGCUGAGAGAAGAGCAGCGGAAGGAGACUGAGCUUCUGAAACAACAGCAGACUAGCCAUCUAGACCAGCUCAGCUCCCAGCACCAACAGCAGGUGGAGGAGAUGAGUGAGAGCCAUGAGGCAGCCAUUUCGGAGAUGGAGGCCGCUCAUAAUGCAACGCUGGCUACUCUACAGGAGGAGCACGCUAGGACAAUCAAAAAUCUCAAGAUGGCACAUGAACAGCAGAAGAAAUCUCUGGAAGAAGAAUUUGAAAAACUCAGAUUGUCACUGCAGGAUCAGGUGGACACGCUGACGUUUCAGAACCGCAGCUUGAGCGACCGAGCCAAGCGCUUUGAGGAGGCGCUGCGCAGAAGUACAGAUGAACAGAUUGUGGAAGCAUUGGCCCCAUAUCAGCACAUAGAAGAAGAUCUAAAGAGUCUUAAAGAGGUUCUGGAGAUGAAGAACCAACAGAUCCACCAACAAGAAGUCAAGAUAUCCGAGUUGGAAAAACUGGCCCAGAAGAAUGCCUUGUUGGAGGAACGUGUUCAGGUGCUCCAGCAGCAGAAUGAGGACCUUAAAGCAAGAAUAGACCUCAACCUUGCUAUGUCCAGGCAACUAUCAGAGGAAAACGCUAACCUGCAGGAGUACGUUGAGAAGGAGAGUAAUGAGAAAAAGCGACUGAGUCGGACAAAUGAGGAGCUGCUCUGGCGUCUGCAGACUGGCGAACUAAGUCCACACAUGUCACCCAACCAGUCUCCACUCCAUCGACCUUCUCCAGGCCCAGGCUCACCAUCCCACCUAGCACCCUUUCCUAGAUGAACUUCAUUAUCUUUCUUUCACUUUCUUACCCUCUCUUUUCAUCAAUUUCAUUUCAAUUAUACCAUUUUUAUUGGGUGUAAGUGCAAGCAGACACAUAAGGUGCUUUCUUAAGUGAUAUAGACUGUAUCAGUUGAGCUGUAUUUGCUGUAAAUGGGUGUUGAUAACUAGGUUAUCUCUGGAGGCUCAGGAGGAUUGUGUCUGAAUCCAAACCCUUAAAAUCCCUCUGUAAAUCUGUUUCUUACACAUUUUAAUUCUCGAUUGAUUCUGGAUGAAGUGGAACGCAGUGUAAUCGAGUUUUAGAAUAACAAAACACAGACAGACAACCAAUCAGUUGGUUCAUUUUAGCAAGUUUUUAAUGACCAUAAUCAUAAUAUACACAUGAACACAGCCAGUUUUGAGCUGGAGAGUUUUUACCCUACUUGUAUCAUGCAUAAUGUAGUACUGACUACCACUGGCAUGUUUUGCAAAUUGGCAGUUUUAAGUAGCUUCUAUGGUGUCUGUAUGCUUUGAUUGGCAUUUGCAGCUUAAAUACUGUAGGAUAAAUGGUAAAAAGUUGUAAAGUUAUAAACAAUAUACAUGAUUCCUAUCAUUAAAUAAUUUGUCCAUCUUCAGUAAGUGCUUUAUCCUGUUUUGGGUAACUUGGAUUUAGAUCCCUGGACCACUGGCCCGAGGCAUGAAUAUAACAAAUGAACGGGACAUCAGUCCAUUACAGGACAACAUCCACACACAUUCAUACACUUAUUCAGAUCAACGGUAUGAAAAUUUGGGAGGUGAAAAGAAGUACACAAGCUCCAUUUUUAAACAUUUGAGCUGCUAAGCAACACAUUACUUACUCAAAAACAAGAACCCCAACCCCAAUAUGUUGAAUGAGGGAAAAACUGUUUAAUAAAUAGAAACAGGUUUUUUUU